GUGUCGUCUAACUGUUUUUCUUCUUCCAUGUUGAUCACUGGCCUCCUGGACGGCUCCUUUUCGUCUCGAAAUUCGCCAACAGAAUACGCCCCGAUACGCCAAGUGGCAGUCUGCCUGCGUACUAUGUCUUCCAAUAAGAGCUACCAGCUCCCUGUUUGAACACCUCGCUGUUACUAAACUUUAAAUGCUUCUUUGAUAUCAUUUUUAACCGUUCUCGUUAACUUUGCUUUAACUCAGCGGCAGCGAUCAUUCUUAUUAUUGCGCUCACUCCCUGACACACAAAGCAAUCGUUUUCUUCCACUGCGAAGCACCUCUCUUUUGUUUUCUAGUCAUGGGUAACACCAACUCAUCAAGUCACCGCCGAGCGAACAGCCGUCGCGUAGGGAGCACGGCGGGGCACGGCACUGCGCGGGAGAGGAGGUGUAACUCCUGCAUUGUUGCAAGCUCGGCGACACACCCUUCCCGCAUUCCCACCACGUGCAAUCAGCAAAAACCAACGGUGCGUAGGACGGUCUCCUCCACGCUGCCUGUGCGCACCGAGGGCACGCAGCUACGCCGCCACUUUUCCACUCCUGCAGCACCGGCUUCGGCGUUUCGUGAGGCCGAUCGAAGGUUGAACGCAUCGUUGGUGACGCAAAACGGUCUAUUGAUGAAGAGCGAGUCUGGGAGCUCCAACGACACCCUGACGGAGGACUUUAGAGGUGCAGAGGCGUUGAGCGAGAUGACUUUGGACACAAACUCCUCCUGCCCUCUGGUGGGUCCGCGCAACAUCACAACGCAGUUCGAGCAGACCAGCGAGGUGCCAAAGUCGAUGUCCUAUGUUUUGGCAAGUGACGUCCAUCAAUCUGACAAGGUGCUGCAGCGGCAGUCGUCGGGUGCUGGGGAAGUGGAGUGCGAAGAAUCUUUUGAGGAGCGUUUGACGCACAGUAUUGCCAUCGUCGAAGAAUGGCUAGUAUGCCAGGAAAAUGUUCUUAACACCGCCUAG